CACCGUGUCCUGGCCUCCGUUUUUAGGAAUUUGAAAGAGUCAUGUAGAGGAAACCAAGUUUAGCCCGAUCGUUGAGUCUUCAAUUCUCACCUUCCUUUGAAGAAACUCUUGGGGUGUUCGUUCUCGAAACCUAUCAAUUACAGGUCCUACGUUGCACUCUUGCUUCUGGAGCUCUAAAGGGCUUCGAGGAAGUGGGGUUGGGUUGGAGGACGUGGGUUUUUGUUGGUUUGUUUAAAGGUCGUGCCUUUGAAGGAAAAUGGAGAGAAAAAACAAGAGAAAGAAAGAAGAAAUUGCAGAGGAUUACUGCUUUGUUUGCAAAGAGGGUGGAUUACUCAUGCUCUGUGAUUAUGACUGUUGUCUUAAGGUUUAUCAUCCCAACUGUGUCGGAAAAGAUAAUUCUAUCUUGGAGACUAAAGAACGCUGGUUUUGCGGUAGGCAUUAUUGCUACAGAUGUGGUAAACCUGCAAAGUUUCGUUGCUUUGCCUGUCCAUUUGCUAUAUGCAGAAAGUGCCCUCAUGAUCUUGAGUUUGCAUUGGCUAGAGGGAGACAUGGAUUCUGUGAUCACUGCCUGAAACUUGCACUGCUUAUAGAAGACAGGAAAGAUGUUGAUUCUGAUGGGGAUAUGGUGGAUUUUAAUGCUGAAGAUUCAUAUGAAUUCCUCUUUAAAGGGUAUUGGGAGAUAAUGAAGUUGAAGGAUGGAAUAACUUCAGAACAUGUCCAUUCUGCAUAUAGCCUUUUAAAGAAUGGCAAAAACAAAAAGUGUGGCUCUAGCUUCAAUCAAAGUUGUGGAAGAGAUGAUGUUGAACUUCUAGGCACUGAAGAUGAAAGCCAGGAGAGUGAAUCUGACUUUGAGGAUUUAUGUUAUGGAGGUCCUAAGCAAGUUUAUAAAAGGAAGAAAACAAAAGGAAAGCUUACAACUAAAGGAAAGUUAUCAACUGAAAAGGAGUUCGUUGGAUGGGCAUCAAAAUCUCUUUUAGAAUUCCUUUCAUCCAUUGGUAAAGAGACAACCGAAGAGUUGUCUCAGCAUGAUGUUACUACUAUGAUCAUUGAAUACUGCAAAGAACAUAAACUGUUUCACCCAGAGAAAAAAAAGAAAGUUAUUUGUGAUAAAACAUUGCGAUCUCUUCUAAGAAGGCAAGCAGUCAACAAAAAUAGUAUAUAUAAACUUCUGACACCUCAUUUUGCUGAGAAUUUGACGCAAGUAGGAGAUUUGCUUGGGAGUAGCCCAGAAGAAGAUACUGAUAAUGCCUCAGUCCUCUGUAAAAGGCAACGAAAGUUGAGCUUGGAUGGAAAACCUGUUGUAAAGGAAGCAGCCCUGAAUUUGCGGCAAGGCUGUUUUGCAUCCAUAGUCACAAAAAACAUAAAGCUUGUCUACUUGAAGAAAAGUCUGGUGGAGAAGUUAGCAGUACAGCUUGAUACUUUUGAAAAUAAAAUGUUAGGAAGUUUUGUUAGAAUAAAGUCUGAUCCAUACGAUUACUUGCAGAAAAAUUCUCACCUACUCGAGCAAGUUACAGGCAUAAAGAAAACACCAGUAAAGGAUGGAUUGGAUUUAAUACUUCUGCAACUGUCUAAUGUACCAAAAGAUGUACCCCUUUGCAAGCUAUCAGAUGAUGACUUCACUGAGGAUGAAUGUGAUGAUUUAUGCCAGCGAGUUAAGAAUGGCUUGCUCAAAGUUCCUACUGUUGUGGAGUUUGAACAGAAAGUCAGGAGUCUACAUGAGGAUAUAACAAAACAUUGGAUUGAGAAGGAGCUGGUUCGAUUGCAAAACCUCAUCAAUCGGGCAAAUGAAAAGGGAUGGAGGAGGGAAUAUCCUUUGACAAUGUCAUACAAGCAUUACAAUAAUCAUCUCUUUCUAGUUUUAAGCAAGCUUAUUCAAAUGACUGGAAAAGUCAGAAAACCAAGCUUAUGACAUUUACCCAUGUAAAUUCUAUACAGUCCAUUAAGACUCAAAGCAUUGAAUCUCAAAAAGGGCUUAAUGAAGAAACUUAUUACCAAUGUAAUUAAUAUUUUUUAUGCUA